CCACCCUGCUAAAAUCCCCAGGACUUCGGGCACAAUGGAAGACAAACGCAACAUCCAGAUCAUCGAGUGGGAACACCUGGACAAGAAAAAGUUCUACGUGUUUGGUGUGGCAAUGACAAUGAUGAUCCGGGUCAGCGUCUACCCAUUCACCCUCAUCCGCACUCGGUUGCAGGUUCAGAAAGGCAAGAGCCUCUACCAUGGGACCUUUGAUGCUUUCAUUAAGAUCCUGCGAGCAGAUGGUGUGACUGGCCUCUACCGGGGGUUCCUGGUCAACACCUUCACCCUCAUCUCGGGCCAGUGCUAUGUCACCACUUACGAGCUCACCCGGAAGUUUGUAUCUGAUUACAGCCAGAGCAACACAGUCAAAUCACUUGUGGCUGGUGGCUCGGCCUCUCUCGUGGCCCAGAGCAUCACAGUGCCCAUUGAUGUGGUCUCUCAGCACCUGAUGAUGCAGCGUAAGGGUGAGAAAGUGGGCCGCUUCCACGUGCGAGGGAACCCAGAGGGACAAGGAGUAAUUGCCUUUGGCCAAACCAAGGACAUCAUCAGGCAGAUCCUGCGGGUUGAUGGGCUUCGAGGCUUCUACCGAGGCUAUGUGGCUUCACUGCUGACCUACAUCCCGAACAGUGCUGUCUGGUGGCCCUUCUAUCACUUCUACGCAGAGCAGCUCUCAUCCCUCUGUCCUAAGGAAUGCCCUCACAUUGUGUUUCAAGCCAUCUCAGGGCCCCUGGCUGCAGCUACAGCUUCCAUCAUCACCAAUCCCAUGGACGUCAUCCGAACCCGAGUGCAGGUUGAAGGCAAGAACUCCAUUAUCCUGACCUUCAGACAGCUGAUGGCAGAAGAGGGGCCUUGGGGCCUCAUGAAGGGCCUCUCAGCCAGAAUCAUCUCAGCCACACCCUCCACCAUUGUCAUUGUGGUAGGCUACGAGAGCCUCAAGAAACUGAGCCUCAGACCUGAGCUGGUGGACUCGAGACACUGGUAACAGUGUGGGAGAGAAGCCUCUGUUUCCCACACGACUCUGGGUAGGGGACAGAGUAGGGAGACAGCACCCGCUCUAAGUGCCCCUACCACAUACCUAGCCCUGCCCUGGGCCAGGUGCCCUGUAGGGGACAGGAACUGAGACUUUGAACUGCUCUUGCUGAAGAGGCUCCACACCUGCAUCUCCUGCCCCCAUUAUUUAGUUCUCCUACCCAACUGGGCUCCCUCACUCGGUCCCUGUACUCCAUCCUGCCCUAAGGAACCCACCCUCCCACUAGUCCCACUCUCUGCCUCCCGUUAAGGCUUCUUCUGGUUUCCCUUUCCAUCUGUGUCCCUGAGAUCCUGGUAAGAGCUGUACAUAGAGCUUGCUUACUGCCACUGGUUCUUCCACUUGGGCCGUCAGCCCAGAUUCCAAGCAGUUUGCCAUCAGCCUUUUCCUGCUUCGUCUCUUAGGCUUAUUUUUAUUUUGGGACUGAUUUGCCCACCAGACUACUCUGCUUUUUCCUGCCACUGGGGGCAAGGUGCCAGGCACUUUUGCACAGGGAGUAGGCACAGCAAAAGCUUCAGAGUGCUCAUCCUCUCUUCGGAGUUAUUAGAUGGGGAGAAAUGUUAAUACUUUAUUUUGUGUGUUUAUAUUGUUUUAACAUCUGUGAACCAGGUUACUGUCUUUGUCCUGCUAAAGCACCUGUCCAAUCCUGCAGUCAGAGCCCACCCUUUCCUCAGAAAAAUACAAUGUAGCUUUUCCUUCCAUCUCAGUUCCCUAUCCCUUCCAUGUCCCUGCAGUCCCUGCAGUCCCAGGACUUACAAGCUGCUGGCUUCCCCUGGCCCAGACGACUACGGUGGUAGGCACAAUUCUAAGUAGAUCAGGCUGCCCGGGGCACACGGGACUUGGAGCACUACCCUGAAAAGUCCGAGUGAGAGAGUAGCUGGCUUGGAUAGGCCAAGAGGGGGUGUGUGCCCCAGCCCAUCUCCCAGACCAGCUGAGCCAGGCCUAGGAGAGGGCAGCUGUAAUACAUCUAUAUCCCAAUCACUUGGA